AAUGUAUGAAAAUUUACCGGAUAGACAAGAAUGGAAUUAUGGAUCAAAUAAAAAAUUAAAUAAUGAAUUUGAAAAAUAUUAUAUUAAGAAUAAUUCCUUAAAAUCAAUUUCUGGUAUCAUGAGAUUAAAGAACUGGUUAUAUAGAAAGAUGUUUAAGGAAUGUAGUUUUAGGGAAAAUUUAUCAAUGUUCGCAAGUGUAUUAGGAGUUGGUGCAUUUAUAAGUAUGUUUAAUAUGUUAUGUACACUUAUAGUUGCAGGUACUUGUGCAUUUAGCUCUAUUUUUAUUGGUAUUUUUGCAGUUAUGUUCGUUGUCUUUUCAAUUAUUAUAAUAAUAUUAUUUGUUAUGACGCGGAUGCUUUUUAGAUGGUUAAGGAAAUACACAGCAGUAUAUAAUGGAACAUGUGGAAAAUAA